UUUGCUGAAUGCGCACUAAGCAAAACUUAUCUAUUUAACUUAAGACUGUGUCCAUGAUGGUAUGAACGUGGCAAGGAGAAAAUAAAAAAGGACAAACAAAAACAAGCAAAGAAAGUAGCUAUCUGUACCACUAAAAUGUUGCCUAUAAAUGAUUACCAAAAAAUUGGUAUUGGUGUCACAGGGUUUGGCCUGGUAUUUUUAUUCCUUGGUAUGAUGCUCUUUUUUGAUAGAGGCUUAUUAGCGAUAGGAAAUAUAUUGUUUAUAUCUGGUUUAGCUCUAGUUAUUGGUUUGGAAAGAACUUUUCGUUUCUUCUUCCAAAAAGACAAACUGCGUGGUAGUGCAUUUUUUCUAGGUGGUAUUCUCGUAGUUUUAUUAGGAUGGCCUGUAAUCGGUAUGGUGAUUGAAAUUUAUGGAUUUGUGCAGUUAUUUAAGGGUUUCUUCCCAGUUGUUAUCAACUUUUUGCGGAGAGUUCCAGUGAUAGGAAAUAUUUUAAUGAUGCCAGGAAUUAGUAAAUUAGUUAAUUAUGUGGCAAAUGAUCCGAAUAGCAUGGUGUAAUCGUUCAGCUGUGUGCAUGCGUUUCCCAAAUUUAUCGCAAUAUUCGUUUUAGUGGCUUCCAGAAGAAUGACAUCGACAUUCCGUAUUAGAGCAAAUUUUCGUGUGGGCGUAUGUUUAUGGAGAAAAAAUCCUGGUGAAGAUUUUUAAGAAGUUAAAACUCUCCGUCCGUCAGACAGACAACAGACCGUCUUUAAAGUGUUAUUUAUGUGCGAAAUUUGGGAGGGGAAAUUGAAUUUUUGUAAAUUGCCUUGGUUAAUAACAUUUAAAUAACAAACCACUUUCAAAGUAAUUUCAGUAUGAUCAGUUAUUCAAUUCUCCGUAUAUUUAUUUUUGUUUGGUUAAAUGUUGGUAAAUUUCCCUAUGUUUGGUUUAAAUUAAGAAAUAUGUUUUGCUGUU